AUUCGUUUCGUAUCGCUGUCGUGCCGCACGUCGUGUUUUUUGAAAACAUUGCACGUUUAUGGAAAAUAUUUAAUGAAUAGAAGAUAAAAUUGUGUUCCCAGUUAUUCUUUCCUGUUACAAAUGUGUUAAAAACCAAUCAAAAUGCCGGAAAAACCGACUAGUCGUAUAUUUCACGGGUCUAGAGUUUUAGGUUAUGUUAGUACACAUGUCCCUUUCGUCGCGCGAUUUAUCAAGAGACGCGGUGAAACCUUGCUUUGUACGAGUGUAGGCAAGUGGUUUCACACGUAUGGCUGCGACAAGUUCCGUCUGCUGAGCGUGAGCGGCGAGCACCCCGGCCCUAUCACCUGUAUGGCCGGUGACAACUACCAUGUCUAUACAGCCAGUGAGAACAACAUCUACGCCUGGAGGAGAGGUUGCGAGCUUAAGCACGUCUAUAAAGGACACCAGGCACCAGUCAAAAUAAUCUACCCGUUUGGCCCUCAUCUGAUUUCCAUAGAUGAAGCGAAUUGUAUGAAAGUAUUUGAUAUCAAGGAAGAGAGUAUAUUUAUGGAACAGAAUUUUGAUGGUAAAAGCUUUGAGGUAACAGCAUUCUGCCACCCGCCAACUUAUAUGAACAAAAUAUUGAUAGGUAGUCAACAAGGCCAGCUGCUUCUCUGGAAUCUGAGAACAUCUAAACUUUUGUAUACAUUUAAAGGUUGGGGAUCAACAGUAACUGUGCUAGAGCCUGCCCCAGCAGUUGAUGUAGUAGCUAUAGCUCUGGCCAAUGGGAAGAUUCUUCUUCACAACCUGCUCUACGACCAGACAAUAACAGAUUUCACUCACGACUGGGGGCAAGUCAGUAGUCUUUCCUUCAGAAUGGAUGGAGUCCCCGUCAUGGUGACCGGGAGCACAGAUGGUCACAUUGUCAUGUGGGAUUUAGAGGAGAGACGGGUGAUGUCUCAAAUAGAGUCGGCACACUCGGGCACGGUCAAUGGUCUCCAGUGCCUGAUGUCUGAACCGCUCAUGGUUACUAACUCUGAAGAUAACUCACUGAAGCUGUGGAUCUUUGAUAUGCCUGAUGGAGGAGCAAGGCUUUUGAGGAAAAGGGAAGGCCACUCCCGACCCCCAACUCUGGUGCACUACUGCGAUCCGACGGGUGAGAACCUGCUAGCGGCCGGCCGGGACAGCAGCAUCCACAUCAUGAACACCGUCACCGAGACCUUCAACAAGAGCAUGGGCCGCGCCUCGCAUAACAGAAAAGCUUCUAAGAGGAAAAAGCGUCUAGAGAAAGACAACCUAAUCCUACCUCCCAUCGUCAAGCUGAGCUCGUGCAUGCAACGGGACAAGCAGUGGGACAGCAUCGCGUCGCUCCACGCGGGCAAGUUCGUUUGCACCACCUGGUCCUACAACAAGAUACGCAUGGGAGACCACAAGCUGAAGCCGCCGCAGAUUGAUAAAGGGACUGUGGCUACGUGUCUGACGGUGACGCAUUGCGGGAACUUUGUUGUUAUUGGCUACAACAACGGCCAAGUGCACAAGUUCAACAUGCAAUCCGGCCUCCACCGCGGCCACUACGGCGGGGAGAAGGGACUCGCGCACAAGAAGGCCCUGAGGGGCGUCGAGACCGACCUGUGCAACCAGAGGGUUAUCACGGCUGGCGCUGAUGACAGGCUGAAGUUCUGGCAUUUUAAGUCUUCAACCACAGCACCCUACCACGUCAUGCAUCUAGAAGAGUCAGUCUCCGUGACCAAGUGUCACCGGGAGAGCGGCCUGCUAGCACUAGCCAAUGAAGACUUCACCAUCACCCUCAUAGAUAUAGAUACCACGACCGUGGUGAGGAAGUUUGAUGGGCAUCGGUCGAAGAUAAACGACAUCGCGUUUGAUAGCCAGAGCAGGUGGCUGAUCAGUUGUUCCAACGACUGCACAAUCUGCACAUGGGACAUCCCCACCGCGACGCUCGUCGACAUAUUCGAACUGCCAGACCCAGCCUCCUCACUCAGCAUGUCUCCCACCGGCGACUGGCUGGCCACGACGCACCGCGGGGAGCUGGGCGUGUUCCUGUGGGCCAACAAGCUGCUGCACCAGCGAGCCUUCCUCAAGCCCAUCGACAGGGACGCCGUGGCGGUGCCCCGACUGAGACUGCCAACAGCCGCGCCAGAGAAGCCAGACAUCGAGGACAUCGGUACCAUAGACCUAGGAGACGAACCGGAAUACAAGUCUCCUGACCAAAUCAGUGCAGAGCUGAUAACUCUAUCAGACCAGCCCACCUCCCGCUGGCUCAACCUACUCCAUCUAGACGUGGUCAAGCGAAGAAACAAACCGAAAACACCAUUCACAGUCCCAAAAUCUGCCCCGUUCUUCUUACCCACCAUACCGAGUCUAGAACUAGAGUUUGAUCUGGAAAAAGACAAAGAUGGAGAUGACACUACUAAGAUGCUGAUUCCAGAGGAUCUGACGACGUUGACGGCGUUUGGGAAGAAGUUGAGCGCGUGUCAGACAGAAGAGAACUAUGUCAAGUGUAUAGAGAAGUUGAAGACGCUAUCACCAGCCGCUAUUGAGGCGGAGGUCGUCAGUAUGGCGCCUGAUGCAGGCGGCACCGUAGAAGUAAUGAAGCAGUUCUUACUGCUAAUAGACGCUAUGUUGAAAAGUAAUAAGGACUUUGAACUCGCUCAGUCGUAUCUCAGCCUGUUUUUAAAGACACACGCGCCGUUUAUAUCUCAGAAUAGAGAUUUAAGGAAUGUUCUAGAGACGGUGGAAGCGACUGCGGCCGUAUCGUGGACGAGGUUACAAAACCUACUGUUGUAUAAUAUCUGUGUUGUUAAAGCCCUUAAAGAUAUGUGAAUAAAGAUAUUUUGAAAUUUCA